AAGCAAAACCAAAGUCGUAUUAAUAUCAUCAAUCACAACAAUGAAGGGUCUCCUGAAGGCCUUGGGAAACCAGAAGAAUGGAUCUUGUCCAAUUGCCGGGAACUGAGGAGCAGUGAUCUCUCCAGUCAUACCAAGUUGGGGUCCUUGGUGAAAAUGGACUUGAAUACCGAGAAUAUCUCUUCACCAACCAGCAACCAACAACUUUCCUUGGAGAAGACCAUCGAAGAAGAUGAGGAAACCGGAACAGACAACAGACUUACCAUAAGAGACUCGACCAUGGAGGAAUUCACCGAGGAGAUGGACGACGCCAUGAUCGCAUUACAUGAGUGACGCCGCAUCGCAUUAGGACAUCAUUUGCAGAAGGCCUCCUUUCACUAGAAAAACGAG